UUGAUGUUAAGUUUAAUUCAUUGAUCUUAGCUUUAAUUUGAUGUUAGGUUUUAACUGUUGUUUUCAUAUGUGGGGUUUCCCCAGGAUUUUAUGUCAGUAUUGUUUGUUUUAUGGAGGCAUUGAAAGUUGCCUGUUGUAUGUUGGAAUCCAUCCUGAGUUCCCUUGGGGAGAUAGGGCAGAAUACAAUAUGUUGUUGUUGUUGUUGUUGUUGUUGUUGUUGUUGUUGUUGUUGUUGUAUUGUAUCACUUUACAGUCUUGCAAAUACUUAUGAAUUAGCAUCAAUUUUCUUGGAAUUUAGUCCACGCUGCUCAAUGCAUGAUAUAUUAAUUUUGUGUUCUACAUGCCAAGGAGCAAGUGAGAUAGAAAAUAGUGAGGACUUUAAAUUGAGUUAUGUUCGGAAGGGAGACAACAUUCUUGAGAGCAGGAGUUCAUCAAGUGCUGGAGAUAACAUCUGUCUUAUAGAAUGAAUUGAGUGAAUGGUACAAGUACCUAACCGUGGGGGGAAUCUUAAUUAAAAACUAGAGAGGAUGGUCUAUGAUCUUAAAUAUCAUAGAGUAUGGGAAACAAACAGGAUGAACUUCCACUCUUAACCCAACAAAGUAAAUAUGAUAUAAUGAGCAUCACUGAAAUCUGGUGGGAUGAUUCCCAUGAUUGGAAUACAGUAAUAGAGAGUUAUAGCCUACUUCAGUGAAAUAGACCAAACAGAAAAGAAGAAAGGAUAGCAUCAUAUGUCAAGGAUUUGCACCUGUGAAAAGACCCAUGACUUAAAUCCUGGAAGCCAGGUUGAUAGUAUUUAAAUAAAAAUUAAGGAAGGAAAUUAACGGAUAUCAUUGUGGUGGUCUACUACAGACCUCUAUAAUAAACUAAGGAUCUGGGUGAAGUCUUCCUGGGAUAGAUGACCACAGGUUCAGAAAGGAGAAUUGUAAUAGUAAUGGGAGAUUUCAACUAUCGUGAUAUUUGUUGGAAGUCAAACUCUGCCAAGAAUAUAAGAUUCAACAAAUUCUUCACUUGCCUCGCAUACAAUUUCAUGGUCCAGAAGGUAAAAGAAGCAACAAGGGACUCAGCUUAGAUCUGAUCCUAACAAACAAGAAUGACCUGGUUAACAGAGUGAAAGUAGCAGGAUCCUUCGGUGGAAGCAGCCUUGUUUUUCCUGGAGCUUGUUAUACAGUAGAAAGAGGAACCCAAGCAUAAUCAGACACAUAUUCAGAAAAGUUAAGAAAAUACUGGAUGGGAUCCUGAGGUCAAAAAUACAAAAGGAAAAAGAAUUCAUGAUAGCUAGGAGUUGUUUAAAACUGAGAUAGUGAAGGCACUUCUAAUAGUUUCAUUGUGGAAGAAAAAGGGGAGGCAGUUAAAGAAACCAGAACUGAUAAAGAAUUUUCAACUGAGCUAAAAUUUAAACAGGAUACAUUUAUUUUGCCAUUUUAUAUAAGAUACAUCAACACCAAGAAAAGAUUUAAAAGACAAUUUGUAAGCACUCAGAAAGGAGUGGAUAAUGGAGGAAGCCAGGGAGUUUCAGAAAAACAUCUACUUCUGCUUUAUUGACUAUUCUAAAGCCUUUGACUGUGUGGCUAUAAUAAACUGUGGCAUGUUCUUGGUGGUAUGGGGAUACCAAGUCACCUUGUGUGCCUCCUGAGAAAUCUGUAUAAAGACCAAGUAGCCACAGUAAGAACAGAUCAUGGAACAACUGACUGGUUCAAGAUUAGGAAAGGAGUACGGCAGGGCUGCAUACUUUCACUCUACCUAUUCAACUUGUACGCAGAACACAUCAUGCGACAUGCGGGGCUUGAGGAAUCCAAGGCCGGAGUUAAAAUUCCUGAAAGAAACAUUAACAACCUUAGGGAUGUGGAUGAUACCACUCUGAUGGCUGAAAGUGAGGAAGAGCUGAGGAGCCUUAUCACCAAGGUGAAAGAAGAAAGUGCAAAAGCUGGGUUGCAGUUAAACAUCAAGAAAACCAAGAUCAUGGCAACUACACCUAUUGAUAACUGGCAAAUAGAAGGGGAAAACGUGGAGGCAAUGACAGACUUUAUAUUUCUAGGCGCGAAGAUCACUGCAGAUGCAGACUGCAGUCAGGAAAUCAGAAGACGUUUACUUCUUGGGAGGAGAGCAAUGGCCAACCUUGACAAAAUAGUGAAGAGCAGAGACAUCACACUGGCAACGAAGGUCUGCUUAGUCAAAGCAAUGGUAUUCCCCAUAGUAAUCUAUGGAUGCGAGAGCUGGAUCAUAAGGAAGGCUGAGCAAAGGAAGAUAGACGCUUUUGAACUCUGGUGUUGGAAGAAAAUCCUGAGAGUGCCUUGGACCACAAGAAGAUCAGACCAGUCCAUCCUCCAGGAAAUAAUGCCCGGCUGCUCACUGGAGGGAAGGAUACUAGAGGCAAAGAUGAAGUUUUUUGGCCAUAUCAUGAGAAGACAGGAAAGCUUGGAAAAGAUCAUGAUGCUGGGGGAAAUGGAAGGAAAAAGGAAGAGAGGCCGACCAAGGGCAUGGAUGAAUGGUAUCCUUGAAGUGACUGGCUUGACCUUGAAGGAACGGGGGGUGGUGACGGCUUACAGGGAGCUCUGGCAUGGACUGGUCCAUGAGGUCACAAAGAGUCGGAAAUGACUAUGCGACUGAGCAGCAGCAGAAAGGAAAGCUAUGGUCACUAAAAGUCAACAUGGGUUUCUGUAAAGCAGGUAAUGCCAGAUUAAUCUUCUCUCCAUUUUUAGUAGAGGUACACACAUGGUAAAUAAAGGGAGUGCUGUAGAUGUAGUAUAUUUUCAUAUUAGUAAUGCCUUAAGCAUGGAUUUCCAUGAUAUUCUCACAAAGAAGCUAGUAAAAUGUGAAUUAGGCAAUGCUACUGUUAGGUGGUUUAGUAUUUGGUUGACUGUCCAAACCCAGACUCAGUUUUGGACACCACAAUUCAAGAGGGAUAUUGCCAAGUUGGAACCUGUGCAGAGAAGGCUGGCCAAAAUGAUAAAAGAUCUAGAAACUAUGCCCAAGCUAUUUAACAUGUGUAGAAUGAUUUUGUUAAAAUGCUUUUAUGUUAAUAUUAAAUUGUAAGGAAUAGAAUUGAACUUAUCUUUCAUGUUGCUUAGGAAUUACCGAUUUAAGAAUUGUUGCAGAUUGUUCUGAGAGGCUGAAAUGCUCUCCCACUGGUUGUUUUUAAAAGUCAUUUGUCAGAUUUGUAUCCAUUUAUUCUUUAGUGUGGAGAUUGUACUGUUCAUCUCAUAUAGAAAGCAAAAGGGUAUUGCUGUCAGAUGAUAGCUUGCACUGCACUGGGAGAUGAACAGAAGAAUUAACCGUCUGAUGCUAUGGAUGGCAAGUUUAGGUUCUGUCAUGGUAUUGUCAGAGUGUGUAUGAAGACAACAUUGAAAUCUAGGGAUAUGCUGCACAUGUUGCUCCCUGUCUUUGCACCUAGCUAGUUGCUACAGCAAAUUCCAGUAGAUUGGGGAUUUGCAAGAAAUUUGAAAGGAAAAUGUCAUUGUCUAACAUGGGCUAUAGACAUAGUGGUGGUUUUAGCUGGAAGACAGAGGUUGCAAUAAACAGUAAUAUGCCAUACUCUUCUAGAUACGUGCUUGGAAUGGUAGGAGCAGGACAGGAGGACAUCUCCUGAAGAUUCUAAAAUCUAUGAAAUUUGAUAUUGAAGACAGUGCUUCAUGCUUCCUAGUCCUCAACUUUUGGGGACUUUAACGCGCAUUCACAUUUGGAAUACUGUGUGCAGCUGUGAUUGCCACUUCUUAAUAAAGUUAUUGCUGAACUUGAAAAGACACUGCAUUGAGAAACCAAAUGAUCAGGGAGUUGGAGAUCCUUUUCUGUGAGCCUCCUGUUUUCCUGAGUUUGUAGUUCAACAGUAGAAAACUGCUGUGGGCCAAAAGUUGUCAUCCAAAGCAGCACAUUACAUGCUGCACGUUGCUACACACUGAAAAUCAGCCAGAACAGUUUGGAGGCACUGAAGUGAAAAAAGAGUGCAUCCUUCAGACAGGCUGUGGUCAUAAUGUCAUUCAGGUAACCUCAUUUUAGUAUUAAGCAAUAAUUCUGACAGGCUCCAUUAAAACAUUCAAAGCAUCUUUAAAUUAUCGAUUUAGACUUGGGAGGAGGAAAAAAGUGUGCAAAAAUGAUGUACCAAGCAAGUCUCUGUCGGCCAAUCCCCUGGGCCGAGUAGGUUGCUCUCAGGCAGGGGUGUCCUAACUUUUGGCUUCCCUGGGCCACAUGGAAGACUAACAACAACUGAUGAGCAAAAAAUGGCCUGUGCAUAAUUUCCAUGAUAUCUACCUCCACAAAGCAAGAAAAACCUUCACAAAAUAAUCCAAAUUAUGCAACACCCUGUUUGGAGGUUCUUUUAAAAUUGGUGAGCAGGUCUUCUGACUAAAUUGUUUGCAAUUAUAAUGUGAAUUCCGGAUAAUAUUCUAAUAUUUGCAGGCAUAACAUACUCUGAUUAUUUCAUCCCAUUGUCAUCUAUAACAUUUGUGCUCGAGAACUGUGCAAUCGAGUUACCAAAAAAAAACUCAAAAUGCUUAAAUUUCCAAUUUUGUAUUGGGGCUGCAUUCAUAGGUGUCCUGCGCAGCAUAAUGCCCAUGAGCCUUAGGUUGGACAAGCCCGUUCUAAGGUGUUUGUGUGACCACCAAGGCCACCCGGCAUUAUUUGCUUUAAAAUGCCCUUAAAACUCAAGCAUCUUCUAUGAGGUACAGGAGGCAAUUUUGCCACACCUUCCCGAGGAUGCCUUUAAAAAAACAAUUUGACAUAAAUUGGAGAUAUUAGACUAUUGGAUUAUGAACUGUUAGAAUCAUAACCUAUUUGGUACCAGAGUUUCAGAGGUGUUCCCGUAGUUUAUUGGGUAAUGGAAGAUCACUGGGCACAUAAAUAUCCUGUUUCUAUUCAACACUCUCAGCAGACAAAGAUUCAAGUAGACUUCUUUAAAAUAACGUGUUUGUUUUACUCAUAACUUCACAUAUUUAAAUAUACAGAUACAUUUCUUGUCAGGUUAAAAUUUAAAACGUUUCAGUUUGUAUCUUUAACUUAUAGUCUUUAACAGUCUCUUCAAAACUAUAUUGCUCUGCACAGCUCUC